CAUACAGAAAGAUUAAACUCUUUCGGUUCCUAUACACAUUAUCUGCCAUCCUUCGUUUCGUUCCCACCCAUCUCUUCGUAACAGUCGUAUUGGGUCCAAUAAAAACUAUUCAUUUCAUGUAAACAAAGUAUAUAUAUUGCCAUAAUAUCAUACACGUAGGUACAUACGGUUGUUACAAAGAAGAAGUCAUGAGUUUUCUUCACAAGCUUUGGGACGAAACGCUCGCCGGUCCACCACCAGAAACCGGCCUCGGAAAACUGCGCAAGCAUGAUUCAUUUUCGGCCUCACGAUCUCCUCCUACGGUGAUACCUCAUGAUGAUCAUCAGGUGCCUGUAACUCGGAGCAUUACCAUUCUUAGGACUAGCUCCCAUUUGAAGAACCUUUCAGCUGAUUCAGGCUCCGCCCCAGGGUCUCCGUCCGGGUCUAGCACUCCGGGGACACCAAACUCACCGGGGACACUAGGCUUGGAUUUCAAGAAAAAUACAAAGAAAAAAUCGUCAACUAAGAAAUUACACCGAGCUGACUCAAGCCCGACCGCUUAUGAUUGGAUCGUGAUUAGUGCUUUGGAUCGUUGAGAGAGGAAGUGACAAUUUUGCUUCAAGUAUCAGCAGCAAUGCACUUUGUACAUAAAGCUUUAAAGAAAGUUUUGUUGUUAUAUAUAUAUCUGAAGCAUAAUAAAAAUAAAGUGGUUCACAUAAAGAAUGGUCUCACAAGGACCCAAUUCUUUUUGGAGUUUCAUAGGGAGGAAAAGUCUUAUUUUUUUUCUGGUUACGUACCUUUAGGGAGAUUGGAGUUUAUUCUGUAAUUAUUUUCCUUGGCUUUUGUAUAUAUAGUGUCUACCCUAGAUUUUUGGGAUUAAGUUGUGGUUGUUGUGAUUGUUUUUGUACAUAUGGUCAAUCCUGGAGUUGUAUUUUGGUUGUCUUUGUAAAUAUGGAUUAUGUAUUCUGAAUCCUCUUUCAAUGAAAUUCAAAUGGAACCUGAAAAGUAUGUUAUAUAUA